UUUCAAAUAGGAAAAUUUAGGGCUGGAGAGGGAUGGAGGACUUGGAGCUCUUGGAGCCGGUGUUUGGCGUCGCCAGUGGCAAGGUAGAGGGUCGGGAAUCCUCCGCCUUCCUCCCUCUCGCCUUUCGGCUGCGCGCGCGGGACGCUCGCACUCUCGACUUCGUCGUCUCGGAUUUCCACGACAAUACCUGGGAGGCCACUCGAAGCAUCCAGCAGCUGGAAGACCUGCGAGACGAGGUUGGGAUCGGUGGAGCGUGGAGUGAAUUCGUGAGCUACAUCGGUGCCGCGUUCUCGUCCGGAAAUGUGACUCUGGUUUUGGGAGGUCCCGCGUCCGCGCUUGCUGGUCGUGGGGCGACUUCUGGGAGAAUCGUGGCUUUGAAAGCUAAAGGAAUGCCUCGUGUCUCAAUUGGACUCGUGAGAGCCACCGAUGCCAGCGAUCGCAUGGCGGAUAUUGCCGUGGACGCUUGCAGCAGCUGGCGGAGCUUGCUCAAAUCUCUAGCAAAUGAGAAGGCCGAGGCUGCAAGGUGCCGGAUGGAACUAGAGGCUGAAAAGCUGAAAACGUCGAUGCUGGAGGAGAAGCUUGAUGAGAUGAACCCCGGCGGAAAGAAGAAAAAGGCUAACUCCAAGGAACUCGCCAUGGCCUCGCAGUCUAGCUCUGGAACAAAUCAAGCUACUGGAGGCGAGGUAGAACGCACGAAGGCCAAAACAAAACGAAAGGUUGCACCCAUAUCUUCCAGAUCAAAACGGAAAGGAGCAAAGCUAGAAGACGAUGACUGACCGUUAUCCUCAACUUGUAAGUAUGUUUCUCCACAUUUUCUAUCGAAAUAUUUCUCUUCAGGGAUUCUAGCAAGGGAAAGCGCUCGCUCUAGAAGCCAGCAGAAAAGAGAAGACAACUUGUUUGAGACUUUGGGUGGCCCGUCACGGGAGAAGUUCAAGCAGAUGGAGAAGACCAGCCCGCUACGAAGAAGAUUGAGUAUGAAUCUUCAUGUAGCGGACGGGGUUAGAGCAGAGCAUGCUACCAAGAUUGGUCCUGAUCAAACCUGGCAGACCUGGACUGUUUCCGGCAGGAUUUGCAAGGAGGGCUUGAAUAUCAGUACUGAUUAACGAA